GAAGGAGCCUGAAGUGUCCCACACCUGGAGAAAACUAAACAAGAAAUGGAGAAGUAAAUCGCUUUUUCCUCAGUUCUAGGUGUGACUUUACUUCAAUUGAGUGUGAUUCAUUCUUACCAGUUUAUUUCUGAUUUGCCAACCGUACCGGUAUGAUUAUACUGUUUAUCCUCCCAAUUUUACUUCCAACGACGGAAGCAGCUUUUGAACUGGCUCCUCAUAUAUUUGUAGCUGCAGAUGGUGUAGAUGGUGUAUUCUAUGAAUCUCCUGAAUAUGAUGAACCGGAAGUAGUUAUGAACCAGCUAGAAGCUAUGGGAGUCAGGCCAGUUUUGACGCUUCUAGAGAUUUCAAAUCAAGGUCCGGAAAACUCAAGUGAAGAGGAUGUGUCAUACUAUGAGCAAUUAGCAGAAGUGCAGAAAAGUCUGGAAGAAAUUAUUGAUGUUUUACAUACUGCUCGAACUAAGCUUGAAAAAGGAAGCACACAUAUACUCACAGAUGUAAACAAAUCUGUUUUAGGUCUUAAGAGACUGGAACGCAAACUGAAGCCAAGGGUGCCUUCCAUCGGAGGCGCAAUACGUCAGUCAAUCUCUUUUCAAUCGUCUGGCUUUAACCCUGUAAUCAAGAUGGAAGGAGAACGAACCAUGACCACCACGGAAGCUAUUGAUCCUGAAAAUCCACAAUCCAACGAAAGGGAGCAAACAGUGACAGAAACACCAUACGGCAAAGAUAUAUACAUUAAAGAAUCGAAAAAGGUUGGAGAUGGAGCUUUCCAGAAGAAAUGGACUUGGAAAUCGUCAAGUGUUAUAUGAUGAAACAAAAUUGUGUGUUUGCAAAUGUAUUUUUUAUGAAGUUAAUUUCUUCAGUUCUUGUUAACAACGUUUCUAUAUUAGUAUUUUUCCUAUUUUGGAAAAAGUAUACUGUAAAAAGUUCCUUAAAUUUGAAAUAAAAAGUUUCAACACUCGAAA